AUGGGCGAACUGAGCGUGACGGCGUCCGUGGCCGUAACGCUCUCGGCCGCUGCCGCCGCUGCCUUCCUCAUCCAUCGCCAGCAGACGAAGCAGACGAAGCUCCGUGUGGCAAUGCCGUUCCCCAUGACGCGCACACCACUCGAGCGCGUGCCGUUGGACCAGCUGCCCAAGCUCAAGAACGACCUGUUGCUGCGUGCCCUGCGCGGCGACGCGACCGAGCGAGUGCCGGUGUGGUGCAUGCGCCAAGCUGGACGUCACUUGCCCGAGUUCCGGGAGCUGCGCGAAAUGGGUUACGACUUUUUCACGAUGUGUCAAGUGCCGCCGCUUGCCGUGGAAGUGAGCUUGCAGCCUCUACGGCGCUAUCACGUCGAUGCAGUGAUUAUAUUCUCGGACAUCCUGGUGAUCCCGCAGGCGAUGGGCAUGGAAGUCAAGAUGGUGCCAAACGUGGGUCCAGUCCUGCCGGAUCCGAUCCGGACACCAAAGGACAUCGAGAAGAUCGAUUUGAACCCGAAUAUUGAAGACAAGCUCGGCUAUGUGCUGGACGCACUCAAUUUGGCUCGACAGAAGAUUAAUGGCGAAGUGCCGCUGAUCGGGUUUGUGGGCGCCCCUCUCACACUCAUGUGCUACAUGAUCGAGGGCAGCGGUAGUCGCACGAAGGCGCUGCUCAAGACUUUCUUGUACCAGCACCCAAAAGCGGCUCAUAAGCUACUACAAGGCAUCACGGAUGUGUGUGUGAACUUUCUGCUGGCACAACAACGUGCCGGUGCACAAGCGCUUCAGGUUUUUGAGACAGUCGGAGCCGAAGUGUUGACGCAGGACCACUUUUACGAAUUCGUGUUCCCGUACAUGGUCCAGAUUGCCAACCGUGUAAAGGUCGAGACCGACGUGCCGAUGGUGUGCUUUUGCAAGGGCACACAAUACGCUUACAAGAAGCUUGUGGCUACGCAGUAUGACUGCAUUGGGCUGGACUGGCAAUCCGACCCGGUUGAGGUCCGCCAGCUUGCUCGUGGCCGCGUCUCGUUGCAGGGUAACAUGGACUCGAGUGUCAUAUAUGCCUCGACGGACAUCAUCUAUGACGAAGUGAAGAAAAUGCUGAAGCGCUUUGGCACGCAGAAGUACGUGGCCAAUCUUGGCCAUGGGUGUUUUCCAGACAUGGACCCUGCGCAUGUAGAUGCCUUUGUCAAAGCGGUGCAAGAGAUCUCGCUCGAGAUGAACUCGCGUUAG